GAGAAGAGAGUUUCUCUCUUGUCCUACCACCCCUGUUCGUGUUGUCAGGCAGCCAGUCCCUUAGCAGGAGCAGACGUCCAAGGUGCAAAGGCAGCCAAUGGCAGGGGCCGGAGAUGGCAAAUAAUCCUUGUACCAGGUAACAUUCCAUGCAUGCUCUGCAUGUCCGCUGGAGUCGGUCCCUUACAGUGACUCUGGAAAGAAGAAAAAAGAAUCGCUAUCACGGCUAUGGCAGCACCAAAGAAAGUUCUGCUCUCCUCCCCUCCUGAUGGAGGCUGGGGAUGGAUGAUUGUUGUUGGCUGCUUCCUCGUUACUAUCUGCACUAGGGCUGUAACAAGAUGUAUCUCAAUUUUCUUUGUGGAGUUCCAGACAUACUUUGCUCAGGAUUAUGCCCGAACAGCUUGGAUCCAUUCCAUUGCAGACUGUGCCACAAUGCUGUGUGCCCCACUUGGAAGUUUUAUCAGUAACCAUCUAUCGUGUCAAGUGGGCAUCAUGCUUGGAGGACUGCUUGCAUCUGCUGGACUGAUCCUGAGUUCAUUUGCCACAAGCCUGGAACACCUCUACUUUUCAUUAGGAGUGCUUACAGGACUUGGAUUUGCACUUUGUUAUUCUCCAGCCAUAGCAAUGGUGGGAAAAUAUUUCAACAAAAAGAAAGCACUGGCUUAUGGGAUAGCCAUGUCAGGGAGUGGAAUCGGUACCUUCAUUCUGGCCCCUGUGGUCCAACUCUUGAUUGAACAAUUUUCUUGGCGUGGAGCUUUACUCAUCCUGGGCGGUUUUGUUUUAAAUCUCUGUGUCUGUGGUGCCCUAAUGAGGCCUAUUACUCUUAAGGAGGACCAUAAACACCCUGAGUUUCUUGAACAGGAGUAUGUCUCAGAAGCACAGAAGCAAGAUUUAAAGCAAUUGUCUAUCUGUUCACCUUUAAUCAAAGCAUGGUCCCAUGAAUGUCUAUGCUGCUGCUCCUGGCAAGAAUACAACUUCUUACUGAUGCCAGACUUCAUGAUGCUAGCAGUGUCUGUUUUAUUUAUGGCAUAUGGCUGUAGCCCUCUUUUUGUCUACCUAGUGCCUUAUGCUUUGAGCGUUGGUGUGAAUCAUCAGCAGGCUGCCUUCCUUAUGUCCAUACUUGGUGUCAUUGAUAUCAUUGGUAAUAUCACCUUUGGAUGGUUGACAGACAGAAGGUGUCUGAAGAAGUACCGCUAUGUUUGCUACCUCUUUGCUGUGGGAAUGGAUGGCCUCUGUUGUCUCUUCCUUCCCGUUCUCCAAAGUUUCCCCAUGCUUGUGCCAUUCUCAUUUACCUUUGGGUAUUUUGAUGGAGCCUAUGUUACAAUGAUCCCUGUCGUGACAGCAGAUGUAGUGGGAACUGCUUCCUUAUCAUCAGCCCUAGGCGUAGUUUAUUUUCUUCAUGCACUCCCUUAUCUAGUGAGUCCACCUGUUGCAGGUUGGUUGGUGGAUACAACCGGCAGCUACACUGCAUCAUUCAUUCUGUGUGGAUUUUCCAUGAUACUCGGUUCAACAUUACUGUGCUUUGCUAGACUAGCAAAGAAAAUCAAAAGGACACAGCUGAGGUCUCUUACCAGAGAUACUGACACAAAACAGCAGAUCUGGACAAAUGGAGCAACAGCUUACUCUGUGUCUGGAGAUUUAGACCAAAAGGAUGUAGAAAUAUUGGCCACUGAGGCAAAUAGAUGACAAGUGCCAUCAAGCUUUGGUAUGCAGCACAGCCAUGGCUAAGAGAAAUGUGACUGCACAUGCUACACUCUUGAAGAUACAUUUUUCCCAAUACAAUGAAAGAAACAAGCCAUCUUUCAACUAGAUUUUUCUCUCAUAUUUUAUUAGGGUAAAAACUGUGGUUUAUACAGCUCUAAAACAAAGUUAGAUACAAAUUAGGAAAGUUCUUCAGUUAACGUAUGCAGGAUAUUUUCUGAGUAAGUAAUGCUGACUCCAGAGAUAAUAGGAUGAAUCUACUGAGGUAACUGAUCAUAAUCAGUGGGGGGGAGGGAUAGCUCAGUGGGUUGAGCAUUGGCCUGCUAAACCCAGGGUUGUGAGUUCAAUCCUUGAGGGGACCAUUUAGGGAUCUGGGCCAAAAAUUGGGGAUUGGCCCUGCUUUGAGCAGGGGGUUGGACUAGAUGACCUCCUGAGGUCCCUUCCAAUCCUGUUGUUCUAUGAUUCUAUGGAUUUACAUGAUCAUCACAAAGCAAAACUGAACGAUGGAAUUUAGGUUGAAUCCAUUUUAAAAAUGGGGCUGAUGAAAUAAGCUUUUCAAUGAUGCACUCUGUUUUGUUUAUCAAUGGACUGACCAACAAAAAAAUGUUCCAAGCUUAUUGGCCUUUGCCAAAUGUUUGAAAAUCACUGUAACUGAAAAUGCCAAUGUCACUGUUAAGGAAUUCUGCAGGAAAGUUGCGUUUUAGACUAUGUAGAACAUUAUUUCAAAGUAUCUCUGAAGCAGCUUUAAUUUUAGUGUGCCUAAAUUUUGUACAUAACCAGAAUUCAGCUUUAUGAGAAAUACAAUUCUUUAUAGCUCUGUUCCCAAACCUGCUACAAGAUGUUUGCCCUCUCCCACUUCAAAGGUCCCUGGAAAGGGGAUAGAGUUCCAGUUCAGGUAUUAUCCCCUGUUGCUGAUCCCUUUUGUGAGCAGAUGGGAAGGCAGUCUGUGACUGCCAUCCCAGCUGGGCUCUGGAGCCCAGUGUGUUUGGUUUGUUCUUCCAGGGUUUUUAUGCAUGGGACCAGGCAUACUGAAAUGUAAAGCAGCCAAAGCAAAUUCUCAUUGCCUGAAAUCCAAACCAGACCCAACCCAGAGAGGUCCUUCUCCUCUCUAACUCCAAGGGCCAGAUCCUCAGUGGAUGUGAAUCCGUGAUUUACAACAGAUGAGGAUCUGGCCCUUACUGUUUUUGGCUUGUUUGGGUCAGAAGACAACUGCUGACAUUUGCUGCUGAUUCAGACUCAUUGUGUUGGGGAAAAAAAACAAUACAAUUGGGUGCUUCAGAAAAGCUAUGGAGUAAAUGUAGCUUGUGGGGUACAUUACUGAUACAUUCAUCUAUGGUACACUUCUACAUUUCCAAAUGUAACAGACGGGUGACAAUUUAAACUCUGAAAUGAAGGUUGUUUCUAUGUUUUGAUAUUGUAUAAGGUUGUGUUCUGUUUGUUCUCAAAUUGAUUAGCGCUCAAAGAAUUUUAACACUGGACUAGUAUUUUUCUUCAUCUACAAUGUAUUCAGUAAAAAGAAAAGGAGGACUUGUGGCACCUUAGACUAAUACAUUUAUUUGAGCAUAAUAAUAAUAACAAUAAUUAAUAAUAAUGUUAGUCUCUAAGGUGCCACAAGUCCUCCUUUCCUUUUUGCAGAUGCAGACUAACACAGCUGCUACUCUGAAACCUAUCAAUGUAUUCAGUAGUUGCUCAUGAUUUCCUAGUCCUGUAAAUGUGAGAAGGGAAAGUGACAGCGAUCACAGUAUAUAAAGCUGUUUUAGAUCAUCAGGAACUGACAGUACAUACUUUAGGGGCAUAACACUUUUUUCUUUUUUUUUUUUUUUUUUUUACUAUUUUUAUAAAUAGAACAUGAGUUGACUAGGUUUGUCAUGCAUAUUUCAGUAUAAAAUAUUGAGACAUAAUUUAACCUCACUGUUAGUGUUCUGAGAAGGUAUUUAUUAUGGGUACCAUGUUACAUAAAGCUAAAGAGCCUGAUUCGGCAGUCCAAUUUAGCUGCACAGAGCAUAGGUAAGGGGGUUGUACGCAAAGGUAGCUUCACU